GCCUUUAAAAGCCUCCGGCGGCUGCCUGAGCUGCGCUGGCGACCGAGCCUGGCGAAACAGAGAGAAGCGACCCAGGGCCACCCGGCUACCCCUCCCAUGCGCCUGCCGAGCAUGUCCCAGCCGUUCCUGCUGGCGCCCAUAGCGGAGUGCCCCCCGGGGCCAGCCGGCGCCCAGGUCCGCCUGGCUGUGCUGGGCGCCCGCGACGUCGGCAAAAGCGCGAUGAUCGUGCGGUUCCUGACGAAGCGGUUCAUCGGGGACUACGAGCCGAACACAGGCAACCUCUACUCCAGGCUUGUCCAUCUGGAAGGGGACCGCGUCGCCGUGCAGAUCCAAGACACGCCGGGAUGCAUCCAGGUGCAGGAGGACUGUGUGCAGGUGCUGGACUCCCUGUCCAGGUGUGUGAAGUGGGCAGAGGGCUUCCUCCUGGUCUACUCCAUCACAGACUACAGCAGCUACCAGUCGGUCCGACCUCUCUACCAACACAUACGCAAGGUCCACCCAGAUGCCAGGACACCCAUCAUUAUUGUGGGGAACAAAGCAGAUCUCCUUCAUGCCAGGCAGGUAGAGGCAAAAGAGGGACUACAACUAGCAAGCGAACUGGGCAGCCUGUUCUUGGAAAUCUCCACGAGUGAUGACUCCCAAGGUGUUUGUGAUGUUUUCCAGUAUCUUUGCAAGGAGGUCAGCAAAGUACAGCAUGCUGGCAGCGCGGACAGGAGGCGGUCAUCCAUCAUCCCUCGACCCAAAUCUCCCAACAUGCAAGAUCUAAAAAGACGUUUCAAACAGGCUUUAUCUUCCAAAGUCAAAUAACACACCCCCACGCCCCCAUGUGACUGAAUAGACUUUAUUUUUGUAAACCAGUUAAUAAAAAUAUUUAUUUUUGUACUAAUGCCAGCAGUAUGGGAGUAAGUAUGUUGAAGCUUGCCAUUUCCUUGCCAUUCUCUCGUGUUUAAUUGGUUGGGUAAAAAAGCUGCAUAGCAACCAGAGGUAAUUGGAGAAGGGUUUUAUUUUUUUGCCAGAAGGUUUUGAUUUAAUUUCUGGUUUGGGCUGGGGUUUGCACUUUUUAGUCUCCUUAAAUGAUUUCUUUGAGCUUUAGUUUCUGGUUUGUAAAAUGGGAAUUAAUACAGUGUAACACUCAGCUGCCUUUAGAAAGUGCUUGGAAAGUGCUUGAUGGAAAGCUUUACAUGGAGAGAAAAAGACCCCACUACUUUAUUAAACAUGAAAAUGUAACUGUC